AUGUCUUUAGUGCAGUAUCUCAUGUACACGAAUAUAAGUAUCUUGUUUCUUAUGAUUGUGUUCACAUAUCUUCUUCAAGGUGAAGGAGAAGACCUAAGUGUUGGGUGGGUUCUGGAGACCACUUCUCCUUACAUGUGGGCUAAUUUAGGCAUUGCGUCUGCUGUCUGUUUCUCUGUGCUCGGUGCUGCUUUGGGGAUCCAUACGGUUGGUGCUAGCAUCAUUGGAGGCGGUGUCAGAGCUCCAAGGAUCAAAACCAAGAACCUGAUCUCCGUCAUCUUCUGCGAAGCCGUUGCUAUCUACGGUCUGAUCACUGCUAUCAUAUUAGCUGGUAUCUUAGAGAAGUAUACCGAAGGGGAAGCUGAUAUUGAAGUGACGAACAAAGUUGGUGCUCAUAUUAUGUUCGGAGCUGGACUAGCUGUGGGACUCGUGAAUCUGUUUUGCGGUGUAUGCGUCGGUCAAGUGGGGUCUGGAGCGGCUAUAGCAGACGCAGCAAAUGCUAAUCUCUUUGUAAAGAUCCUGAUUAUAGAAAUCUUCGGUUCAGCUAUCGGACUUUUUGGUUUGAUUGUCGGGAUCUACAUGACUUCGAAGGCGAAAAUGGGUAAUUCGUAAAAGACAAAAAGAAACUUCAGUCAAUUAUUAACAUUGCCAGGCUGUGCUGGGGGUUAA